CCGUCCCACACCACCACCACUUCACCGGAGCAGGAACAUAGAACCACCUCCACCGACCGACGGGAGGAAAGAAACAAGGCCGACCGACGAUGCGGGCGAGCUGCAACGGCUGCCGGGCCCUGCGCAAGGGCUGCGCCGACGACUGCACCAUCCGCCCCUGCCUCACCUGGAUCCGGGGCGCCGACGCGCAGGCCAACGCCACCGUCUUCCUCGCCAAGUUCUACGGCCGCGCGGGGCUGCUCAACCUCCUCGCCGCCGGCACCGACCCCGCCCUCCGCCCGGCGCUCUUCCGCUCGCUGCUCUACGAGGCGUGCGGCCGGGUGGCCAACCCCGUCUACGGCGCCACCGGGCUCUUCACGACGGGCCAGUGGGAGGCGUGCCAGGACGCCGUCCAGGCCGUGUUCGAGGGCCGCCGCAUCCCCGUCCCGUCCGGGGCCGUCAGGCAUCCCGGCUUCGUGGCGGCGUUCGACGUCCGCCGCCAUGUGCCCAGGCCCAAUGUCGUCCCUGCGCCUGCACAAGCCCCCGGCCCGCUCGGCGUCUCGCGCGCUGGGCGCACCAUGUUCAAGCGCGCGCCCUCCUCUUCGACGGACAAACCCAGGAUCUCCUCCGGCGCCAAGCGCGGCGAGCACGACGCUGACCUCGAGCGCGUGCCGAGCCAUGGCGAGUCGGCCGGCAGCCACGACCACGUCGAAGACGACGGCGUGGCAGUGGCAGUGGCAGUGGCAGCCAAGCAGGUGAUGGGAGAGUCGGGGGACACCGAGGCUGAGGCGGCCUCGCACGUCAGCCAAGCAGAGCAGAACCCCCCAGUGCCGCAGCUGGCCCGGGAAGACGACGACGAAAUUGGACUGGAGCUGACGCUCGGGUUUGGGCCGUCAACGCGCGUGCUGAGGUCGCCGCCGGCGCGCUCCGACGCGGCCAGCAGCUCGGGCGCCGAGUGCGGCCACAUCGGCCUGCUGCUUGAGCUGCCGGUGUGAGAGAAGAGACGCGGCCACAGGGCCGUCCUUCGUACUGCUAGCUGUGAGAGAGAGAGAGAGAGAGAGAGAGAGAGACAAAAAUGGCAGUUUUAGGAUCAAUGUGAGUAUUAGAGAAGAAUAAUGCAGUAUCUGAAACCUGGAAAUUUUCAAAUUAAAUUCAAGAAGUUUUUGUGUA